AUGGCUUCCUCGUGGUCUUGGGAUCCUGCCACUGUGCGCCAAAGUUUCGGCAGCUCGUCUAGUCCUUUUCUGCCUCCAAACCAACAGAUUGCUCCUCCUGCUCCACAAACAGGCAAGGAGAACAUCCAGCCUGCACUGCCUGCACCACAAGGCCCAAAGCCAAACACGUCCGUUGCAGUGCCCUCUGGCGAGAAGCCAUCUACGGAGGGAACAAAGACUGCAGCUGCCACAAAGGCUGCAUCAAGGAAGCGUAAAUCGGAUGCCGUGACUGAGCCUGAGCCUGUCCCUGAGAUCGACGACGAUGACCCGCGUCUCGAUUACCCUGAUGAGAGCGCGCAAAAGGUUCGCGCAAAGGUCAGACGCUUCAUUGACUCUGGUGCCAUGAAGGUUGGCGAGUUCCAGAAGGCUAUUGACGUUGGAUCAGUCCAGUACUACCGCUAUAUGAAUCAGAAUGGUACUGACGCCGGAUCUGGGAGCGACAUGUACUACAAUGCCUGGAAGUUCUUCAAAAAGCGGGAGCUUCAGGGUGUGAAGAACACUGCGCCGAAAAAGGCCAAGACAACGGCAACGGCCAAAGCAUCAGGCAAGACUGUCCCCGACUCGCUCGAUGUUGGCGGCGUCACCCUCGAUGGUGAAGACAAGGGGCCGGUUCCGGUCUACGAUACUUGCGAUGAAGUUCGCAAGAAGAUCCGGGCACAGCUGCGCAAGGACGAUGUCACCCAAGCUGCAUUCCUGCGCGAAAUUGGCAAGUCGUUCAACCCGGAGCGCAAGAUCCAGUCAAAGCAACUUAACGACUUUCUGGCCAAGAAGGGCCCCUUGGACGGCAAUACCAGUGCCGUUUUCUACGGGAGCUAUGUAUUCUUUGAGAAGCUACGCGUCAAGCAGAACAAGCCCAAGAGUGCCACCCGCCUCGAAAUGGAGAAGAUAUAUGGAAAGGAGGGUGGUGUCAACAUUACCGAACCGCAGAACCGUGGACUUUGGCUACUUGCAUCAGAGUCAGCCUACACGGAUAAGUACGGCCAGACUCAUAUCGUCAAGGAUUGA